AGAUCGAGCAGCUCGUGGAUGAAGCCCUUUUAUGGUGACAAGUUCUCCGGGAUCAUUCUCUUUCCGAUCGGCAGAGCAUGUAUUGUCCAAAUUUUCCGUCCGCCUGAAUGUCAAUGGAGCCCAGCGAAGAGAGCAGUGUCUCUCCGACCAUAAAGUUAAAGAUGUCUCCGGUCAGCAUGGCAGAUCAAAAGACAUCUCCUUCAAAGUGUGUUGCAGCUGACAGCACACCACGACCUCGGUCGUGUUCAACGAAACCGUCCUGCACAGCGUCCUCCUGUAGUUUCUCCUCCGUCUCCUGCUUCUUCCUGUUCGCCGUCGCGGUCACCAG